GUACAUUCGGAACCAGUACAUUUUGUUAACUUUCAUCAUCAUCAUCAUCGACUGUAAACUGUCGUUUAUUUUUUGUGCACAUUUGAAAUUGUUAUUUAGAGAAAAAAGUGUGAUUCAUCGAAGAUGCACAGAUGUUGUUUGAGGGUGUUGUAAUGUCAAUACCAUAGUGCCGCUCACGCUUUCACACUAGCGUUAGCUGUCGUUAGCCAACAUCAUCAGAGACCCUUUUGCUGGCACUAGCCUAUCCGUGGAGCAGUCAGUAUGGAUGCGUUCUGGGUGUUUCUACUGCUGUUGGUUCCACCUUUGCUAUGGACCAGCAGUACCUUUGUUUUUUAUUUCAAAAAGUAUUUCUACGUGGCAUAUAUGAUGCUUUUGGCUGCAUUCGCGAUUCCAGUUAGUAUUCUCAAAAGCGGUGGCAGAGACAUUGAAAACAUGAGGGUGAUCCGUGCUCUGGUUCGCCACGUGAAGUACUUUCUGGGUCUGAGGUUCGCUGUGAUUGGCUUGGAACACCUGCAGACUGAGGGACCGUACGUCAUCAUAUCCAACCACCAGAGCUCCCUGGAUGUACUGGGUGUAAUGGAGGUCCUCCCAGAUCGCUGCUCCAUGGUGGCCAAGAAGGAGCUGGUGUACGCUGGCACCGUGGGCAUUGUGAGCUGGCUGGGCGGCAUCGUCUUCAUCAACCGCAAGAAGACCAGCGACGCCAAGAGUGUCAUGGCCGACGCUGCAAAGACCAUGCUGGAUGACCAGAUCCGUCUGUGGGUGUUCCCUGAGGGAACGCGGAACCAGAGUGGCGAUCUACUGCCCUUCAAAAAGGGUGCCUUUCACCUGGCAGUGCAGGCACAAGCUCCCAUCAUUCCCAUUGUGUUCUCCUCCUACAGUAACUUCUACCUACGGAAAGAAAAGCAGUUCAACUCGGGGACCAUCACGCUAAAGAUCCUUCCAAAGAUCGAGACGAAGGGCAUGACCUCUGAUGACAUCGCCUACCUCUCCGACAUGUCCUAUGACCUCAUGCGCUCCGUCUUCCUUGACAUCUCGGGCUCCGCCCCCCAUAGCCAGAGCAACAGCCCCUUAUCGCACCACUGAACAUCAGCGCCUCCUACUCGUCCACUACCCUCUGUCUUCAGACCUCAAACCCUUUCCCUGUCUGCUCUCCUCCGCAUCGUCCCAGUUCUCUCCCACCUGCCUACCAGGACAGAGCAGCUCUUACAUAAACUUGUCUCUGUUGUCUGUUGGUUCUGGUUGGUUCCUGGUCCCAGUCUAGGAUAGUGGCCUGCGGUCCUGACCUCUCAUUGCAGCGACCCGGUUGGUUCUGCAGGUUAUGAGUGGAGUGACGGACAUCAAGCCAAACCAAACUGAACAGUAUGGAUGUGCGUUCGUCAUGCAUGCCUUUGGGAUAGCUCUGUUGUCCACCUUUUCUUUUGAGUUUUUUUUUUUAAGUCUGUUUUUAUAAGAGGCUGUAUCUUUAUCAUUGCUUUUGAUUCUGUAUUUGUCCGUCAGUCAUUGGGCUUUCGCAUUUUACCCCUUCCAGGAAAUUCUGUUUUAAUUUUUCAUAAACGUUGCCUAUAUUUAUAUUUUUAUACGUUCCUCUGGUGUUGCCUUACCUUUUUUCGUAAUGCACUCAAAGAAACACACAACCACCCUGCUUAAAAUACAUGAACACUCAAGCACGCGCACACACACACACCCACAUACACACAAUCCCUUAUCCAAAACCUCACAAUCCAACCACACUGCUUAAACAUGCACAACAGUAUCCCCUACCCUACCCCAGUGUUUCCUCCCAGUUCUGUUGUGCAUUCCAGACUUUUGUCUCUGAAGGAAAGGAGGAACAAUGGGUGUGGAUCAGGUGCUCUUAAGGGGAGCUAGAGGGUGGAAUAUAACACAUCUUUACAUACAUAACAUACACAACCAUGUGAUCACAAUAGUCUGUGCCACUCCAAAUGAUGAGGGAUACAACAAAUAUACAAAGAAACAAAUAACCACAAAGACGAGAAUCACCAUCAAAGAAUUCUUGGACUUAAGUGGACUUUGUGCAUUGUCGCGUUACUAGACAGAUUUGUUUUUGUUCUUUCUUCGUUAUCCAACGGCCUAAGAAAUAACCUGCAUGUAACAUUGCAAAGAGAAGUGUUGUUUUUGUUCAGCUGUGUUCUAUAUUUUGCAUUAUAUUUCCUUCAUCAUAUGGUCUUGUUUGUUUUGGUUGUUUAAAAAUUGAGAAAUUGUACUUUUCUGUCUUCUCAAAGAUCUGUGCAUGAACCUAUUUAAAAAGUGUCAAAGGUGAUUUCAUGAAGUGCAUUGUCCAACUGUUCAUGCAUAACUGUUCCAAAGUGCAGGAUUCUUGUUGUACCAUGUCAAAGUGUGCUACUGUUUAAAUCAUGACACGGGGGAGAGUGACCGUGAUGUAACUGUUACGUUACAAAGUGUUGUAAUGACGGAAGUGUUUUAAAUGGAACAGUGAAAAUGGUUAAAGGGUGACCACAAGUGAUUUUUUUGUGAUUGAGCGGUUUUACGGUUUCCAAUGAAAUAGUUUUUUUACUGGUCCUCGCUACACUCCAGGACAGAUGGCAUCAGGAUAGUAGCGAGCAGGCUUGACAUCUCUAACCUAAUUUGAUGUGAUUAAGUUCUAUUUUUUCCAAGUCUGUCUUCACUUAUUUAAAAAAAAAAUCUAACAAACCCUCCUGGUUCCAGCCUACACCAAAAAUCACAAUAAGGUGAAAUAGGGUUGAAAGUCUAUAUCAACUGAAACCCAAAAACCUUUGUUUUGGUAACCCUGAUGAUUAUAGCCUGUUGUUAAGGAGUAACAUAUAGCCUGAACGUUUGUCCCGUAGCUUUUACAGGAAAUGAGAAAUUGCUGUAGAAACAUGUUCCGUCUUAACAAAACAGUAAAAAUGUAUGUCUUUGCUAAGUUUAAGGCAUCUUCUGUUAGGCCAAAUGUUUCUUAUUGUUACCUGGUAACUAGGAAUGCUGCUGUCAGUGUGGUUCUUAAUUUAAUACCGGAGAACCAGGUGCUUCACACUGUAGCUAAAUGGGUAGGAGGAAAGGAAUAUUUAUACAUACAGUACCUAUCAAAUGUUUAGGGUAGGUGUGUAAAAAAUUUUGACGGGUACUGUAUAUACAUAAGAUGGAAAUACAAGUGGCUUCGGAAAAUAUUCAUACCCCUUCACUUUCUCCACAUUUCAUUUUGUUAGACUGAAUUUAUAAUUAAAAAAGGUUUGGCAGUCUACAUUCAGUUUCACCUAAUGAGAAAGUGAAUACAAAUUUUUGGAGAUAUGUUCUGUUUUGUUGAAAAUAAAAUAAAUGAUUUCUCAUGUACAUAAGGAUUCAGACCCAUUCUUUAGUACUUUUUAGAAGCGUCUUUUGGCAGAGGUCACAGCUUUUAGUGUUCUUGGUAAUGCCUCUACCAGCUUUGCACACCUGAGUUUGGGAUUUCUCUCCAACUGUUCCCUGCAGAUUGUCUGCUUUGUCUGAUUGCAUAUGGGGCAUCGGUGAACUGCAAUCUUCAGGUUUCCACAAAGAUGUUCAAUCGAGUUCAAGUCUAGGCUUUCGCUGGGCCAAACAAGAACAUUCACAGACUUGUCCCAAAGCCACUAACAUUGUCUUGGCUGUGUGUUUUGGGUUCUUGGUGUUAUGCUGAAAGAUAUAUCUUUGUCCCAGUCUGAGGUCCUGUUUGCUCUGGGAUAGAUUUUCUUAAAGUGUCUUUCUAUAUGUUGCUCUAUUCAUCCUUCACUACAACCCUGACUAGUCUCCCAGUCGCUGAGAAGCGUCCUCAUAGCAUGAUGCUCCCACCAUCAUGUUUCACAAUAAGAAUGGUAUUGGCCUGGUGAUGAGCUGUACCUUGUUUUCACCAGAUAUUGCGCUUGGCAGUCAGGAAUAAUAGUUAGAAUUUGAUCUCAUCUAACCAGGGAAUCUUUUUUCGUUCACAAUGAUGAUGCCUACUGUGUUCCUGGGAGUGUUCAUUGCUUUAAAAUUAUAAUUUUUUUGUCUUCCCCAGCUCUAUCACUUGGCACAAUUCAACUUAGAGGUCUAUGAAGAGUUCUUUGGACUUCUUGGCUUGGUUUUUGCUCUGACAUGCACUCUGAAGUGUGGGACUUUAUAUAGACAGAUGUGUGCCUUUCUAAAUAAUUUCCAGUCAUUUGAAUUUCCUACAAAUGGGCUUUAUUCAAGCUUUAGGACUCAUCAAGGAUUAUCAAAGGACCCAGCAUGCACUGGAGCUCAAUUUCUUAUGUCAUGGCAAAGGGUCUGAAUACUUGGGUACAUGAGAUACUUUUAUUUGAAUAAAUUGGCACACAUUUCUAAAUCGUCUCUUGUUCAUUAUGGGGUACAUGGAUGUCAAAAAAAUUCAUCUGUUAUGAAUUCCGUCUAUAACACCACAAAAUGUGGAGAAAGCGAUCAGGUUUGAAUACUGUCUAGAAGUAUGGCAUGAUGGUUUUCUGACCAAUUGUGAUACACAAAACAGAAAUAAAAGGUAGUUUUUAUAGAUGGUGUUCAUUUUAGGCCUCUGACUAUUGAGGAACUGUCUGAAAGGUUUUGCAUUGUGAGAAAUAUUAGCCUGAUGUUCAAAGUAGGAUGGUGGUGAUUUGAGAGGUUUUAUAUUUUGUCAUUAAUAGACUGAUGGCAUGGAUUACUGUAAAAAUACUUUUUAUUUAAGGCAACACUGCUUAUUCGUAUUUGUAUCCAGAUGUUGAAAUGUUUGAUAUUCACUGACUUUACUGUUUGCAGCUCUUUGCCCGUUAGAAUCUUCAUUCUCAGAAUGUAUUUCAGCGUUCAGAAUUAUUUGUGUACCACUAACUGCAUUUAGCUAUUUCUUUCUCAAAAUUUAGUGCAAACAAUUGGAUGUUGUCUUGCAUACAGUUGUUUUCUGACAGAGAUUACAUUUAUUUAUUUAAGAUAAAGGUGGAAAUAAAUGUUGAAUUAGCUUAUCUACUGAAUAAAAUUAAAUGUAUUGUGCGCCCAGUCUUUUUGAGAAGUAGGGUUGGAUCAAUCAAUUCCUUUAUAAUUCUGUAAAUUCAGAAAAUAGAGGUAUUUUUUAACUCUUUAACUAUCCUCAAUUCACAGAUAAUUGUUUGCUGUUCAUUUCCUGAUUUGACUAAGUUUAAAUGGAAUUUAUGACUCUAACCUUGCUGAAUAGCUCAUGUAGUAGGGAAAACGUAAAUGUUUUGUCUGGUGAUAAACCUUAAUACAAAACUGCUUCUUAGUCAAGUAGCUGAAGUAGCUUUGGGGGCAUCUGCUGGACUCGAGGCUUAUUUGGUCACUGGAGUAAAUUGACUUCAGGUUUGGGCUUUACUCAUCCUUUAGUUCUUGAAGGUCAGUACCGCAAUGUAAUGAAAAUACAUGCGCGAAAUCAGUCAAAAUUUAUUAAAUGAAUCUGUGACUUUAGAUUUUGUUCAUAGAAGUGUUUCUUUAAAAUUAGCCCUUGUUUUUUUGUUUGUUGCUUAUCUUCAAAUGCCAUGGUGUUGUUGUUGUUUUUUUUAUGUUACAACAAAGAGGAUUGAUGGUUAAUUAAACAUUCUACCAAAAUUGUUUCAACCAAAUAUUAACUGUUAUUGGUAUUAGACAAUGGUCAAUAGUUAGCCUUUUAUUCAUUGUUUUAUUAUUAUAUUUUCAUAGACGCUUUGUAGCUGAACUUUCUUGUGUCAGCUAAAAGCAUCAGUAGUCUUGUUCAUAACAGAUUCUAAGGUGAUGUUGUCCACAUUUUGAUUAUGUCCAUAUUUCUGAAAGGUGGACUAUUCAAUGACUCAUUGUGAUCUAAUGUUGAUCACAUGCUUCGUGCUUUGCUCCUAAAAGUGAAGACAGAUAUCCUUUAAAAAAAAUCUUUAAGUUAUAGAAUCAAUAUUAGUCUUAAAUAUUAUUUCAGAAAUAUCUGUCAAAUCAUAUGCAUUUAGGGAGAAACAAAUGCAGGAACAAAUGUUACCAUAAAUAGAUGCAACAACUACAAUAUGGACACAAUCAGAAUGUGCAUAAGAUCUGGACAAAAUAUGCCUGUUAGCGCCAGAUACAAACAAGGCAAAUGAUGACCACAAUAACUUAAGUAAACAGGCUUUGACACUUGUUGGCAGGGCCUGGUUUAUUGAUCUGGCUGUUUACAAAAUGAUAUGAUAUUGGAGAAAGAUUGAGGGCUUUGUUCAAUCUGUAUUGUGGUAGUUCAGCGUUAAAGAAUGAUUGGGAUUUAAAGGCACUGUACGCAAGGCUUAGUGGAAUCUGAAUUCAUGGUAAAUGCUCCAUAGGUGGGCUCAGUCUGAAAUUACCUUUACAUUUCAUAUCUGUAACGCUUUAGAGAUACAGAUUCAAUAGUGUCUUUUAAGUAUACAAAAUAUUAAUAAAGCACUUUUCAUGUUGA